AUGUCCGUGACCGGGGACGCCCUGUCAUCUGUCCAGUCCAGUCAUGAUCGCAGUACGGGCAGUGAUUAUAUCGAUCCGAGAAAGCCUCCGCCUGAUCGGCAAAGACAAAGACGUCUAAAUCAACACCACCAACCCAGCCCCAACACCACCAUCAACCCCCCAAUGGGCAACGGAGUCUGGAACAUUGGCGAAGUAAUCGCCCUCAGCCUAGGCGUCGUCCUCGUCUUCGCCCUCUGCUUCGGCUUCAGGAUAUGGUGGGGAAGGAGAAGAGACAAGAGGAGAAAGCAGGAACAACAACAACGACAAGAUAGUGAACAAGGCGCAGCAGCUGCUGGUGCUGAUGUUGAGGCAUCACCAGGGACAGCUGCUGAGGCUCCACGUGCUGGGACUGAGGGUGAGGGACGUUACGAUCACCCGGUUGUUGUUGAGAUGAUCCCUAUGGACAGGAAGGAUGGUGGUCAAGGCCAGGGGCAAGGGGGAGGUGAUGGUGGAGGGCACGCGGGAGGCCAUGCGGGAGGACAUGGAGAAGGUGGGCAUAGCGGUGGUGGUGAGGGAGGAGGAGGAAGCGGUAACGGUGGCGGCGGCGGCGGCAACUAA